GAAUCAAGGUUGGACACAAGCUUGGGCGCCGCGACAGACAGAGAGGCGCUGCUGGUCUGUACCGAGAUGGCUUGCCGCUCGCUGGAGCUCGCAGUAAUGUUCAUCACUUUAGCCUGUAGCAUAAAUGCGACUCUCUGCCGGAGACUGCCGGAGGAGAGCGACAUUGUGCAGGAACAGGAAGGCCUAUCCGCCGCGGGGGCAGUCGGCCUCCCCAUCCUAGACGAGGCCUCUCGCGCGGCGCGGCGACGCACCGCUUCAGCGCCACCUGAGCCUGCCCCGGCGCCAACUCCAAGCCGGCCGGGACGCACACGGGGUGUCACAAUUUCCACAAACCCGCCCAGACCACCGCCUCGGCCGCAGCUGCCACCGCCACCGCCGCCCUCAGCUCCGGGUCCGAAGCGACCGCCUUCGCCACCACGCCCCCGGCGGCCGCCGCGCCCUCCCCGGCCUCCGCCGUCUCCCCCCCGGCUUCGCUCGUCUCCAUCACCGCGGCGCAGCCCGCAGCCUCUCAGUCCUCGGCCCCCAAGCCGGCCCCCCAGUCCGCCGCCCCCCAGCCCUGAGCCACCGCAGCGGCCGGCUGGCGACAAGCCCCUGCCCAAUGUGCUGCUGGUCCUCUCAGAUGAUCAGGACCAAAUGUACGGCAGCGCCGCGCCGCGCUUCAUGCCCGCCGUGAACAAGUGGCUGGGCGGUGGAGAUGGCGGCGGCGGCACGCAGCUGUCGAACUUCCUGAUCACCACUGCGGUGUGCUGCCCCGCGCGCACCAGCAUCCUCACCGGAAAGCACGCACACUGCCACAACGUGACCACCAACUACUACCCCUCGGGCGGCUUUGUCAAGUUCCUGGAGCUGGACGUGGAGAAAACCUGGCUACCCACGCGGCUCCAGGAGGCCGGCUAUCAAACCAUCCUGGUCGGCAAGUUCCUGAAUGGGUACUACACGAGUGAGGCGCCGGCCGGCUACGUGCCCAAGGGCUUCACCGUGUUUGACGCGCUCACGACCAACGCCUACAACAUGACCAACAGCUGCUUCUCCCGCAACGGCGGCCGCUCCACGUGCUACCCGUCCGACUACCAGACCGACCUCAUCGGGGUCAAGGCCAAAAACUACAUCAGCGCUGCGGUCCGCGCGAAGAAGCCUUUCUUCGCCUACGUCACGCCCACCGCGCCGCACCGCUCCAGCACCAACCUGGUGACUUGGCACCCGCCCACCCCCGCAUCCCGGCACAAGGACCUGUACGCCGAUGAGAACGUGACGCUGCCGCUGGGCCCCAACUGGGAUGUGCGUAACCCCGACCUGCCGCGCAAGGGCAACGCCAACAACAGCCCCACCUUUCUCGCCAACAUAAAUGCGCUGCACCUGGCGCGGUUGGGGAGCCUGCGGGCGGUGGACGAGAUGGUGGACUCGCUGGUUGGGCACCUGCAAGACUUGGAAGUGCUGGACAACACCAUUGUCAUUUACAUGUCCGACAAUGGUUACCACAUGGGCGCCUUCUCGCUGCUGGACGGCAAGAACCUGCCGAUCGAGGAAGACGUGCGAGUGCCGUUCUUCAUCCGCGGGCCAGGCAUUCCGGCGGGGCAGGUGCUGCCCCACCAGAGCACCAACGUGGACCUGGCGCCCACGCUGCUGGCCCUCGCGGGCCUGCCCAUCCCGCCCGACAUGGACGGCCUGCCGCUGCCGCUGUCAGAGCCCCUCAUGCGCCCCGUGUACGAAGCACUGCUACAGCCGCCGCAGCAGCAGCAGCAGCAGCAGCAGGAGCCGCCGCAGCCGCCGCCUGCUGUGACGGUGGCGGCAGUGGCCACCGGGCCCUGGCAGCUGCGCGAGGCAAGCAUCAUGGAGGGCUGGAACGGCGACGGGUCGGACGAGAACGCCCGGUAUGCGGCCCACUUCAAAACGCUGCGCCUGUGUACGGACACGCUGCUCCUGUCCGACAGCGCCUUCGGGCCGGCCGCGGCACGGCAGGUGCCUGUGCGGGCUGGCGGGCCGCCGCUGGUGUGCUACAAGUACACGGUGUGGUGCCAGGGCAACCGGGAGCUGUACGACCUGGCGGCGGACCCCUACGAGCUCAUCAACAGGAUCAACGAUGCAGCAGCCCGUGUCGUCGACCGGCUGGACGCGGUGUUGUCGGCGCUGGUGCACUGCAGCGGCGUCGCCUGCCGCAACCCCUACAGCCUGCUGCAUCCGGGCGGCGGCGUGCGCAAAUUCUCAAUGUUGUUGGCACCCGAGUAUGACGCCUUCUACUCGGGCCUGACCAAGCUGCGCAUCAAGACCUGCUCCAAGUUCUACAUCCCGGAUAAUGAGGUCACGUGGACUCAGCAGGGUGUUGGGUCGCGCACACGUGGACGUGGAUGAAGGCACGAAUGCGACAUUGCAGGUAUGGUAGGGUUACACGCGUGGAGGCACGGAGCUGUGUGCGGUCAGCUGGAUGCGGCAGUGAGAUUCGAUCCAGUACAUAGACACGGUGAGAUAGGCACGCAACCGUGUGGAUGCUGCGGGCAGGUGCAGCCGUACGGCAUUUGUGGCAGGUGCAGCCGUACGGCAUUUGUGGUAGGUGGUGGCAGGUGGUGGCGGUGCUGGUGGCGGAAGCAAGGUCUGUGAUUUGGAGCCAAUCGGUGUGUACUGGCACCUGAUUGGAGUUGGGGUUGGGGCGCAUAACGAGCGACGCAAUUCAUGGCCAUGGCAACGCCAGGUGGUCUGCUGUGACAGCACGAUUGGGCUGUCAUACAUAAUGUCCUGCACUCGGUGGCUCCAAUGUGCAUGGAGCUGGUGCCGUGCGUGUGUGAGGAGUGUGAGGCGGGAUGUGUGGGUCCCAACUCCCGAGUACCGUAGUGCGGAGGUUCAGUUCGAUUUUACUUAUGAGGGCGGCAGGCACGCAGGGGUGCUCACUGUGGUGCAUUCCCAGCGCAAUCGGGUGCAGGUGUAUACAGUGUAUAGGGAGCUGGUUGGUAAGCAUGAUGACCUGCAUCAGGUUAAGAAAGGAGAAACAAGGCAGCGUAUCAUCACCGCCCAGGCGGGCCAGGUAGAAGUGUUGUCGUUGUCUUUGUUGUGUGUGGUUACAAGGUGGUGCGCACGACGCGCUUGCUUGUCCCUGCAGAAACCUGGGCCGGGGGCCCUUAUCACGCCAGAGAACUCACAUGUGAUCUGUGCAUAUGGGGGGGGGGGAGGCGUUGGACGCCUUGGCGCCUUGUCCAGGCACUGGCUGGGCGGGAAGCCAGAGCCCAAACGUUGCCAGGCUUGAUGCAUAAUGUAUUUACAUUUCUGACACAGCUGACAUUGUCAUAAUGCCCGAGCACGGAUUGUGAGAUGCCAGGUUUGGGCCGGAACGGUGGUCGCCGUGGCCCUUCAGAGGAGGCACGGCAUCGAGGCCAGCAUGAGGCCGACGGCACUCACUUGAGUGUUCCGUUGCUAAGAAUCUCAAUUGACUACUUAUGUUUCAAUGCACUUCUGAUGUCCCUGGCCAAACGUUGUCCUCAUAUGUCAUACUCGCCUCACUCACUCGCAAAUUGGGACGUGAAUAGCUCAUGCUUGUAACAAUGCAGACAG